AUGGUAUGUGCAUCCGCUCCUGCCCCACACGACACUUCUAAUCCCACGUCCCUCAGCCUCUCGAGCUCAGUUAGGAUCACCGAGACAAGAUCGGGCCUGUCCCUCCUACUUAGUUCACAAUGCUUUAAAGCCAACUUGGCCAGUGAGAGGGCCCCGUCAACUGGCCAGUCCACAAUUGUGCGGUCAAGCACAUCCACAAACUGGCAUGACUUGAUCACGGUCUCAACAUGGUGCGAAAGACCCAUAGCUGGCCGUGUUAUGUCGGCGGGCUUGAGGUCGCAGUGGACGAGGGGGCUUGGGACGGGUUCGGUGGAGGAAGUUGAGGGUAGUGGCAAAAUCAGUGAAUAUAGCAACAAAAUGAUAGGGAAUGUGUACAGCAAAAGAACGUGA